AUGGAUAAUGGUGAUAAAAGUUGGAUGAAUCUCCUGAGAUGGACAGAUGAGUAUAUCCGUGGAGUGAAUGAUUUUCUUGAUAAGGCGUUUGAACGAGCCGCCCAAGGAAAUGAAAUAUUAUGCCCUUGCAAAAAGUGCAUGAAUCGCUAUUGGUAUUAUAGAAAUGUGGUGGAGGAUCAUUUGGUUGUUCAUGGAUUUGUUGAUGGUUAUACCAAAUGGGUUUUCCACGGGGAAGGAUUUUCCUCGAGAAAUACACAUCAUCCAAGCAAUGAUGAUGAAAGUUCUACCAUGCGUGACGAUAUUGAUGGACUACUUCAUGAUACAUUUAGAAAUAUAGAGGGUCAGGCAGGGGAUGAAGAAGGAGUUGGGGAAAGACUAUCUGAAGAUGCAAAGAAGUUUUUCAAAUUGCUGGAGGAAGGAAAACAAGAGUUAUAUCCGGGGUUGAGUAAUGUGGCUUUCUCUGAUUUGUUAGAGUUGAUAAAAGAGGCAUUUCCCUUUGCUCAGAGUGCUGGUCCUUUGACUAAAGCAAGCUCUAAAAUCCCUGCAAAGGUUUUAAGGUACUUUCCUUUAAAGCCUAGGCUUCAGAGGAUAUUCAUGUGUCCUGAAACGGCUGCUGCAAUGAGAUGGCAUGCUAAUGAACGACCCAAUGAUGGGAAUAUAAGACAUCCUGCUGAUGGGGAAGCUUGGAAGGCUUUUGAUUCUUUGCACCUAGACUUCUCUAGAGAUGCUAGGAAUGUUAGAUUGGGUCUUUCAAGUGAUGGUUUCAACCCGUUUCGGACAAUGAGCAUUUCUCAUAGCACGUGGCCUGUUAUGUUAAUGAACUAUAAUCUAUCACCGUGGAUUUGCAUGAAGUCGGAGUAUAUAAUGUUGUCUAUGAUCAUUCCAGGUCCAUCAUCUCCAGGAAAUGAUAUAGAUGUGUACCUACGACCAUUAAUUGAAGAAUUGAAGGAACUAUGGGAAACUGGGAUAGACACAUUUGAUGCUGAAACCAACCAAACUUUCCGAAUGCGUGCUGCCUUAAUGUGGACAGUUAGUGACUUUCCAGCAUUAGCAAUGCUUUCAGGAUGGAGCACUAAGGGGAGAUUGGCAUGCCCCACUUGCAAUUAUGACACAUGUUCUCAAUAUCUCAAAAAUAGUCAUAAGAUGUGUUACUUGGGCCAUCGAAGAUUUUUGCCUCGUGAUCAUCCAUUCCUACGAGAUAAAAAGUCUUUUGAUGGUAAGGAGGAGCAUAGACCUGCACCUGCUCCAUUGUCGAGUGAAGAAGUGUUUGAAGAGCUGCUUGAAUUCAACAAUAUCUUUGGAAAGAGAGCUAAAAAAAGGCCUCGGAGUGAUAAGGGUCCGUGGAGAAAGAGAUCCAUUUUUUGA